ACAAUGGCAAAGAAAGUGGCAGUGAUUGGAGCAGGGGUCAGUGGCCUGAUCUCUCUGAAGUGCUGUGUGGAUGAGGGGCUUGAGCCCACCUGCUUUGAAAGGACUGAAGAUAUCGGAGGGCUGUGGAGGUUCAAAGAAAAUGUGGAAGACGGUAGAGCAAGUAUCUACCAAUCUGUCAUCACCAACACCAGCAAAGAAAUGUCCUGCUUCAGUGAUUUCCCAAUGCCUGAAGAUUUCCCAAACUUCCUGCACAAUUCUAAACUCCUGGAAUACUUCAGGAUUUUCGCCAAAAAGUUUGAUCUUCUAAAGUAUAUUCAGUUUCAGACAACAGUCCUUAGUGUGAAAAGACGCCCAGAUUUCUCAUCCUCUGGCCAGUGGGAGGUUUGUACUCAGAACAACGGCAAGGAGCAGUGCGCUGUCUUUGACGCGGUGAUGGUUUGCAGUGGCCAUCACAUCCAGCCCCAUAUCCCAUUGACAUCAUUUCCAGGUAUUGAGAGAUUCAAAGGCCAGUAUUUCCAUAGCCGCCAAUAUAAGCACCCAGUUGGAUUUGAGGGAAAACGCAUCCUGGUGAUUGGAAUAGGAAACUCAGCCUCAGAUAUUGCCUCUGAACUGAGUAAGAAAGCUGCUCAGGUAUUUGUCAGCACCAGACAAGGGUCUUGGGUCAUGAGCCGCAUUUCCAAAGAUGGCUAUCCUUGGGACAUGGUGUUCCACACUAGGUUUAGCUCCAUGCUCCGAAAUGUCCUGCCACGCAUGGUUGUCAAAUGGAUGAUGGAACAACAGAUAAGCCAAUGGUUCAACCAUGAGAAUUACGGUCUUGAGCCUCAAAACAAAUACCUUAUGAAGGAACCUGUACUAAAUGAUGAUCUUCCAAGCCGGAUACUUUAUGGAGCCAUCAAGGUGAAAACAAGAGUGAAAGAGCUCACAGAGACUGCUGUCAUUUUUGAGGACGGAACAGUGGAGGAGAACAUUGAUGUCAUUAUCUUUGCCACGGGAUAUACUUUCUCUUUUCCUUUCCUUGAAGAUUCACUUGUUAAAGUGGAAAAUAACAUGGUCUUGCUUUAUAAAUUCAUGUUCCCGCCUCAACUGGAAAAGCCAACCCUUGUGUGUAUUGGUCUCAUCCAGCCUCUAGGUUCCAUUUUCCCAACUGUUGAACUUCAGGCACGCUGGGUGACAAGGGUUUUCAAAGGCUUAUGUGGCUUGCCCUCAGAGAAGACUAUGAUGGAGGACAUUAUCAAAAGGAAUAAAAAAAGAAUUGACCUGUUUAGAGAAAGCCAGAGCCAGAUAUUGCAGACCAAUUACAUCGACUACCUGGAUGAGCUUGCCUUAGAAAUAGGUGUGAAGCCAGACUUCGUUUCUCUCUUUUUGAAAGAUCCUAAACUGGUUCUGAAACUCUACUUUGGACCCUGCAACUCCUAUCAGUACCGCCUAGUUGGACCUGGGCAAUGGGAAGGAGCCAGGAAUGCCAUCCUCACCCAGAAGCAAAGGAUCCUGAAGCCCUUAAAGACUCGGGCUCUGAAGAAAUCAUCCAGUGUCUCAGCUUCUCUCCUGCUUAAAGCCCUGGGCCUUCUUGCUGUUGUUGUAGCCUUCUUUUUCCAUCUUCAGUGGCUCUAA